AUGCGGCUUUGGUUUGCUGUGGAUUGCCGGAAGAAUGGGACUCUCCGGGAAACUCAUUGCCGCUCAUCGAAACGACAUGACGGACGACGGCUGUUACGACGUAAUCGUAAGGAAACAACUCUACAUAGUGAAUGUGUAGUGAGAGCGAACGAGCCGGCCGAACCGAACAACAUCAUGCAUGUCAGAGGAGAGGAGGAGGAGGAGGAGGACGGGGAGAAGGAGGAGGAGGCGCCUGGAAGUCGUGGUGAACGUCAGCGUGAAUGUGUGAACACGAACACGACACGACGCCAUGAAAUUCUACGAGGAGGAGGGGACAUUGACAAAUUGUCCCCGUUACAAACAACAGGAAUAGGCGUCGCGUUGUGGAUUUCGAUCACUUGCUUCCGCUCCCGGCGACUCUCAAGCGACGAAAUCCACGACACUCAAUCGUCACAUCAGUUAUGA